CCGCCGCCCCGAGCGCGGAGCCGGGGGAGCGGAGCCAGGGUUAGCGGCGCUGGUGGAAGAUGGCGAGAGGCUGGGGCGCGCGGCCGCCCUGGAGUCUGGGGAGCCUUCCGCUGUUCCUGUGCCUCCUGCUGCUAAGGAGCCCGGCCCAAGCGGCUCACAUCAAGAAGGCGGAGGCCACAACAACGACAAGCGCGGGCACCGAGGCGGCCGAGGGCCAGUUCGACCGCUACUACCACGAAGAGGAGCUGGGCUCGGCGCUGAAGGAGGCGGCGGCCGCGGGGCCCCCCGGCCUGGCCCGCCUCUUCAGCAUCGGCCGCUCGGUGGAGGGCCGGCCGUUGUGGGUCCUGCGUCUCACGUCCGGCCUGGGGUCGCUGCUCCCUAACGGCGACGCGGGGCCGGAUGCUGCGGGGCCCGACGCUGCGGGGCCGCUCGUGCCGGGCCGGCCGCAGGUGAAGCUGGUGGGCAACAUGCACGGCGACGAGACCGUGUCGCGCCAGGUGCUCAUCUACCUGGCCCGCGAGCUGGCGGCCGGCUAUCGGCGCGGGGAUCCGCGCAUCGUCCGCCUUCUCAAUACCACCGACAUAUACCUGCUGCCCAGCCUCAACCCCGACGGCUUCGAGCGCGCUCGCGAAGGCGACUGCGGCCUCAGCGACGGUGGCCCUCGCGGGGCCAGCGGCCGCGACAACAGCCGCGGCCGCGACCUCAACCGCAGCUUCCCCGACCAGUUCAGCACCGGCGGGCCCCCCUCCCUGGACGAGGUGCCAGAGGUGCGCGCCCUCAUCGAGUGGAUCCGCAGAAACAAGUUUGUGCUUUCUGGAAAUCUGCAUGGUGGCUCAGUGGUAGCAAGCUAUCCUUUUGAUGAUUCUCCAGAGCACAAGGCCACUGGAAUUUAUAGCAAAACCUCAGAUGAUGAAGUCUUUAAAUACUUGGCAAAAGCAUAUGCUUCAAACCAUCCCAUAAUGAAAACCGGUGAGCCUCAUUGUCCAGGAGAUGAAGACGAGACUUUCAAAGAUGGAAUCACAAACGGUGCACAUUGGUAUGAUGUAGAAGGUGGUAUGCAAGAUUACAAUUAUGUAUGGGCCAACUGUUUUGAGAUCACCUUAGAACUAUCUUGUUGCAAGUACCCACCUGCCUCACAACUUAAACAGGAAUGGGAGAACAAUCGUGAGUCUUUGAUCACAUUGAUUGAAAAGGUCCACAUUGGAGUUAAAGGAUUUAUUAAAGAUUCAGUAACCGGAUCUGGUUUAGAGAAUGCAACCAUCUCGGUGGCUGGUAUUAAUCAUAAUAUCACAACAGGCAGAUUUGGUGAUUUCCACAGAUUACUUGUUCCUGGAACUUACAACGUUACAGCAGCUUUAACUGGGUAUAUGCCCUCAACUAUUAGUAAUAUAGUGGUGAAAGAAGGACCAGCCAUAGAGGUGGAUUUUUCCCUCCAGCCAACUGUAACUAAAGUAAUCUCUGACCCGACUGAGGCUGUGGCAACUGCUAGCACAGUUGCUGUACCUAAUAUUCCUCCUGGAACAUCAUCUUCUCAGCAACCAAUUCAGCCAAAAGACUUUCACCAUCACCAUUUCCCUGAUAUGGAAAUCUUCUUAAGAAGGUUUGCGAAUGAAUAUCCUAACAUCACUCACCUUUAUUCAUUGGGAAAAUCAGUAGAGUCAAGAGAACUUUAUGUGAUGGAGAUAUCUGAUAAUCCAGGUGUCCAUGAACCAGGUGAACCAGAAUUUAAGUACAUUGGAAAUAUGCAUGGCAAUGAAGUGGUUGGAAGAGAACUGCUAUUGAACCUUAUUGAAUAUCUUUGUAAAAACUUUGGAACAGACUCUGAAGUCACAGAUUUGGUUCGUAGCACUAGAAUUCACCUUAUGCCAUCCAUGAAUCCUGAUGGCUAUGAAAAGUCCCAGGAAGGAGAUUCAACAAGUGUCAUUGGCAGAAAUAACAGCAAUAACUUUGACCUGAAUCGCAAUUUUCCAGACCAGUUUGUUCAGAUCACAGAUCCUACCCAACCAGAAACUAUUGCUGUAAUGAGUUGGAUGAAGUCCUAUCCAUUUGUACUGUCAGCAAACCUGCACGGAGGUUCUUUGGUGGUUAACUACCCUUUUGAUGAUGAUGAACAAGGAGUUGCCACGUACAGUAAAUCACCAGAUGAUGCUGUAUUUCAACAGCUAGCACUUUCUUAUUCCAAGGAAAAUUCCCAGAUGUUUCAAGGUAGACCUUGCAAGAGUAUGUACCCUAAUGAAUAUUUUCCUCAUGGAAUAACAAAUGGAGCUAAUUGGUAUAACGUCCCAGGAGGUAUGCAGGACUGGAACUAUUUGCAAACUAAUUGCUUUGAAGUAACUAUUGAACUAGGUUGUGUGAAAUAUCCAUUUGAGAAGGAUCUGCCAAAAUAUUGGGAACAGAAUCGAAGAUCUCUAAUCCAGUUUAUGAAACAGGUUCAUCAGGGUGUCAAAGGAUUUGUCCUGGAUGCCACAGAUGGCAGAGGCAUAUUAAAUGCCACCAUUAGUGUUGCCGAAAUUAAUCACCCAGUAACUACUUACAAAAGUGGAGAUUACUGGCGUCUUUUGGUUCCCGGAACUUACAAAAUCACAGCAUCAGCUCGAGGGUAUAAUCCAGUUACCAAGAAUGUGACUGUGAAGAGUGAAGGUGCUAUUCAGGUCAACUUCACACUUGUUCGAUCCUCAACAGAUUCAAACAAUGAAUCAAAGAAAGGAAAGGGGGACAGCGUCAGCCCUGAGGAGAACAGUGAUCCGACUACCAAGGAGUUUGAAGAUUUGAUUAAAGACCUUUCAGCUGAGAAUGGUUUGGAAGGCCUCAUGUUACCCUCCUCCUCAAAUCUUGCUCUUUAUCGAUACCAUUCAUACAAAGAUUUAUCAGAGUUUCUGAGAGGACUUGUAAUGAACUACCCACAAAUUACAAAUCUUACCAAUUUGGGACAGAGUGCUGAAUAUCGUCACAUUUGGUCCCUCGAAAUCUCCAAUAAGCCCAACAUAUCUGAGCCUGAAGAACCAAAGAUUCGUUUUGUUGCUGGUAUCCAUGGAAACGCUCCAGUUGGAACAGAACUGCUUUUGGCUCUGGCAGAAUUUCUCUGCCUGAACUACAAAAAGAACCCAGCUGUUACCCAAUUGGUUGACAGGACUAGGAUUGUGAUUGUCCCUUCUCUAAAUCCAGAUGGAAGAGAGAGAGCACAAGAGAAAGAUUGUACUUCAAAGAUAGGACAAGCAAAUGCUCGUGGCAAAGACUUGGAUACCGACUUCACAAAUAAUGCCUCCCAGCCAGAGACUAAAGCUAUCAUUGAAAAUUUGAUUCAAAAACAGGACUUCAGUCUUUCUGUGGCUUUAGAUGGUGGUUCUGUGCUAGUCACAUACCCAUAUGACAAGCCAGUACAGACAGUGGAAAAUAAAGAGACUCUGAAGCAUUUGGCAUCUCUUUAUGCAAAUAAUCAUCCAUCGAUGCACCUGGGUCAGCCUGGUUGCCCCAAUAAAUCAGAUGAGAAUAUUCCAGGAGGAGUAAUGCGUGGAGCUGAGUGGCACAGUCACCUGGGCAGUAUGAAGGAUUAUAGUGUCACCUAUGGCCACUGUCCGGAAAUCACAGUAUACACAAGCUGCUGCUACUUUCCUAGUGCAGCACAACUGCCUUCCUUGUGGGCAGAAAAUAAACGAUCUCUUCUUAGCAUGUUGGUGGAGGUUCACAAGGGAGUUCAUGGAUUUGUUAAAGAUAAGACUGGAAAACCAAUCUCUAAAGCAAUCAUUGUACUUAAUGAAGGAAUAAAAGUCCACACAAAAGAGGGAGGUUAUUUCCACGUUCUUUUAGCCCCAGGUGUACAUAACAUCAAUGCCAUUGCCGAUGGGUACCAACAACAACAUUCACAGGUCUUUGUGCAUCAUGAUGCAGCUAGUUCCGUGGUAAUAGUCUUUGACACAGACAAUCGGAUAUUUGGUUUGCCAAGAGAGCUUGUGGUAACUGUGUCAGGUGCCACCAUGUCUGCCUUGAUCCUAACAGCUUGCAUUAUUUGGUGCAUCUGCUCAAUCAAGUCUAACAGACACAAAGAUGGCUUUCAUCGGCUCAGGCAGCAUCAUGAUGAGUAUGAAGAUGAAAUUCGCAUGAUGUCAACCGGCUCCAAGAAGUCCCUCCUAAGCCAUGAAUUCCAGGAUGAAACAGACACUGAAGAGGAAACAUUAUAUUCCAGCAAACAUUGAAAAACACACUUUGCAUUAUCUCCUAGCAUAAGUACCAAGCAAAAUUAUAGUUCCUCUUGGGAGACACUGCAUUAAGAAGAUAAACUGUCUUGUUUCUACAAAGAGCUUUGGGAAGUUAACUUGCUAAAUUUGUAUUUUCUGUGAAUUUUGCUGGCAGUUUUGAACUUCCCUUCCUUAAAGUACUCUUAACCUUUAAAAAGAAAUCUGAUUUCUAUUUAUGCAGCAGAGAUGGGACAGCCACUUUGUUUUUCUUUUUAAUUUAAGAUAAGCUAUUUGGAGCUUAUGUAAUAAUGGCAUAAAGCCAACGAGUGGAUGUUGUAUUUUGCACAUAAGGUAUUUACUAGUGGCUUUAGGUUUUUUUUUCUUUACUUUAAAUGGCCAAAAGAAUCCAGAAACAUUAAGGCAGGGACAGCAGUCAGAAUCUGACAUAAAGCUUUAAAAACUCGAGGUUUUCUCAGCCUACUGAGGAGUGCUUUUCUCUAGUUAAAGAAAUAGCUGGAGUUUCUCUUAUUCAGGUUUAAUGGAGGUCGAAUUGAUUUUAAAACAAAUACAACAUUAGGAAAUGAAUAAAUAGGCUUCUGCAUUUGGCUUUCUACCUGUUCCAAGGCUAGAUCAGAACUGGUAGGCUGUGCUCUAAGCAGGAUUUCACUACCUCUCUUGUAAGGUUUAGCAGACUUCUAAAUAUUCCCAUUUUAAGGGAGAAUGUAAGGGAUUUGUUGCAAAAAGACCUAAAUGUCCACUUUAAUGGAGCUGAGAGGGCGAUCUAGCAAAAGCUAAAAAUCAUAUUGCCUAUCUUUUAACUUGGUAAAAACCCACAGGUGCUGCUGCUUUUAUCUGUGAAGCACUAGCUUAUUCUAGGAAUGCCUAAUUCUUUAAUAUUUCCUAAAUUUGAACCCUUUUCUAUGUUGUACACUUAAGGUUUUCAGAUGAUCCACCUGUCUACAAGAUCUGAAUUUUACUGAAAAUAUCUGGAGGUGUGGAAAAGACCUAUGUGCACAUUUUCUUAGCCUACAUUUGAACAUAAAAUAUCUAUACUUCAUGCUCCAACCCAAGCCUAUGCUCUAUAAUAGCAUACUAUUUUUGAAUAGCUUGGCCUGUCUUGUUCACAUAGGCCUCUGAAAGUGAUUGGGUUCUUUGUCCUAAUGUUUCAUUUGAUAGUCUCUUUUUGAUCAAUCAGUUUUGGUAAAAUUCAAUUGAAAGCUGUUAAAUAUGGCUCCCUCCAUUUAAAAAAAGCAUAAACCAUGAACUGCAGUGUUAUAUAACACCAUGGUAUGAAAGUGUCAUCUUCACUGCCAAUCAGGCAAAGACCAGAAAGAUUACAUUUUAUUGUGUUUAUCUUAUGCUAUUCGAUGGAAAAGAUGCUUUUUGUAAGUACAAGUCUUACCAAUGAUCUAAUGGUUUAAUACCUUUGAAUGUUUUAAUGGCCAAGUUGCUGCUGAACUUGUACUAAAUCAGGGGAUCAAAAAACUUGCUCUCAUCUUUUCAAACUAUAUUCUGUAUCCAUUAAUGUAUCAGUCAUCCUGGAGCUUUCCUGUGAAGACCUGGUGGUGCAAUGGUAGCACAUCGGAUUCCAAAGCCUUCAUGUAGAGUGGUUACCAUCCAUCCACCUAGUCAUUCAACCAGAUAUUGUGACAAAUGCAUCCAAAGUGGCUUUAUAAAAAAAAUUUUCUUCAAGAAUGGUGAAGUCAUCACAUUUGUUAAUAAGUAUCUGGAUAAAUCUGAGGAUUCAGCGUUAAGCCAUUUGGUAUUAAUUACGGUAUUACCAACUGAGUUAUGCCGCCUCACUCUCAUCCCACCACAUACAUGGAACAAGCUCGUGCAAUGCUAAUAGUGAAUGAAAUAUACAUGAUUUAAUUUCUUCUAAUCUUUUAUUUUUUCUUUAAGUGCGUAAUGUAUUGCUCUUUUUCAGCUUUAAUUUUAAGAGUACAAAGUCAGAAAACCACCAAGGGGCCUAUGAAUAUCUGGCCCUACUUAGAAUACAUACUAACAGCUAGAAAUGAAACAAAGUUUAAGUGACAGCCUUUGCUUUAGAAGCAUUGGUCUUCACUAGAUACUAUUUACAUUUACUUCUCUUGGAUUAAAAAUGUCUUUAAUAGUACAUGUCAGUGGCUGGAGGUCAUGCCAGCCAUGUGUGUAAAUUUUUUUUAAAGAAAUGAACAUACAAAUAGUUCUUUUAGCAAUUUUUCCUAAACAACAAUGAAAAUUCUGCUAUAAAUCUGAAAUCUUUAAUGAAUUUCUAAAUAAUGCAUUUAGCUAGAAACAAGGCCUUCUCAACUGGUGUUACCCCAUGAACGUGAAUGUACAUGACCCGUGUCUACUGAGACUGUGUUAUCAGCCCUGCUGUUUUAUUUGUGGAUCUGACCUAGUUUCAGACCACAGUAACGGCUUAAGGCGUUGAAGCCAUGGGGAAUGGGGAUGCAGUUCUUCAGUGUUUCUCUUAGACACUUUCCAUUUCCUUGGAAUCAUGGAGGCAAGUAAGUAUUACAGUAUUAAGAAAUUUGCCCAAAUCUGAAUUUACUAACAAGGCGUGGUUUUAGUCCCGAUGAUCAGUUUGUAAGCCACCUUCCUUCCCAGCUUCUUAUUUAAAAAAAACAAUGUGAUUGAGUAGGUAAUGUCAAAGUGUCUGCCUAUGUAAAUGUAUUUAUACUGAUUAUGUAGCUCAGUAAGAUGAGCCCAAAUAAUUUCAGAAGGAAACGCCCUUCGGUCUUGAUGUAUGUCAUAGAACACUUGGAUGGUGAGUGGGAUUCUAUCCAGUAGAGGAAUGCUUGCAAUGCUCAUUGAAGAAAUUUGCUUUGGGACCUUACGGUGUUCCAGAAAGGAAACGUAUUGUAUUAUUUGGCCCAGGGUGAUUGAUCGGUUAACCUUUGGUAACUUUAACCUGAAUGGGAUUGGCUGAAUUAAUUACUUUUGAAUUUAAAACUAAUUAUGAGUUGACAAAUAAAUAAAAGGUUAGUGUUUAUGUCUGAGCUUAUUGUGUUUCUGAGCUCACACCAGUUACUUAGUAAUCAUGUCCAUUUCUAUUUAUUCUCAGCAUUAAACAGUUUAAUCUUCUUGUUGCCAGAAAUGCACUUGUGCCAGGUUUUGCCCCUGCUGUAUUAGAUGCUUCUUGGCUAUGAAUGCUGUAAUAGUGCCCUAUGUUAUGGUUCUUUGGUGGAAUUGUUUUAAAAAGGAACAACCCAGCAUUUCCCCUAUAUUUUUUCAUUAUUGUUAUUACUAAAAAUUCCAUUAUUAUUGAUGUUUAAUGAUUUUCUGCCUAGUAACUUUUUGAUAACUAUUUGAAUUUCUGAUUUGUUUUAAUUAGAGCAGAUUUUUAGAGGGUGAUUAAGGUCCUUGAUUAACGUGAACUGAACUUGGAUUUCUAGUUCAAUAGGAAAUCUCUCCUAAGACCCAUUUCUCCUAUUUUUAGCAAUAAUUCAUUAGUGAUUCCACUGUAUUACCCUGGUUGAUUUUGAUUUGACAAAAUACAUUAAGAAAUUUGACAGUAGACUACCAUUUUGAGGCAAUUGGAUAUCAGUUGUAUAAAUACGUAUGAUUAUGGUUUUUAUAAAUGGCAUAAGUUUACUAACCGCAUUCUGCUGGCCAUGCUGCAGAUAUUCUGGAGAUAUGACAUAAUGGUAUUUUUUAAUGAUUAGAUUAAAAAUCAACUUUUCAUCUCUCCAUUUUUUUCCAGAGUGAUACUGCUCAGCUCCAGAGCAUCUAUAGCUAUUUAUAUGAGGUGUUCAGCACCCAUUCAUCUCAAGUGCUUCAGUCAUUGGUUUGUUUCAUGCACUGUGCCUUCAAAAUGAAUUUUUUAAAAGGGAUUUUACAUGUAGUUGAAUAGUAGUUUUAAAAGGUCAAUCUGUGUAAUUUAUGUGAAAUCUAACUGUAAUGAGGUUCUUUCUGUUUUUUAUAUGUAAACAAUCUACUAAUCCUGUAUAAAAGUUAUUUUA